UACUCCUAUACUCGACUCCUACCAGACUCUACCAGCGCACGACGACACAGGUCCUCCAUACCAGACUCCAGAGUCCAGAGCAGCCGUCCUCAAAAGAAUCCUCCUAUCGCCAUUAAUGGCGCCCUCUGCCUUCUUUUUGCUUUGACCCAGUACAGAUGCACAGAGAGCCUCUCCCUCCCUCCUUGCGUGUGGCUGAGACCGUGCAGUCACCUCACCUCAGUCCAGGUCAGGAUCAGGCGCUCAGCGACUUCAAGGGCUCUGCUGCUACUGUUGCUGCCCACUACCGUGGCAGCCAGCCGGCUACUAGUAUCCCGCUGCAGCUAACCGCAGUGUGGUGAGAGAGCGGAGAGUUGAGUGAGUGAGAGACCGAGGAAGAGGGGAUGGAGUUCUUGCUGCUGUUCCUCGUCUCCGGCUCCCUUCUGCUCCCUUCCUUGGGUCUUGCUGUUUCAGGUCAAGAAGCUCGUCAACUGGUUCACCUCAAUGGGCCAUCUCAAACAGGUGUACAUGUAUCAGUCGCUCGCAAGGACCUCCCCAUGGUGGCCUCCUCGGUUCUUGGAGCUGAGUCCUGGCUCAGGACCCAUGUGCUGGCACAAUACCCAUCAGAGCACAUUACGGCCAUCGUUGUAGGCCGUGGUGUAACCUGCAACCAUGGCCAAGAGCUCCUGCGGCUUCGCCUCUUGCACGCCGUCAAGAAUCUGCACCAUUCUCUCGUGCGCUGGGGCCUUGUUGAUGAUAUAAAGGUCACCUCUGCCUCCCCUGUAUGUGCGAGAGACAGAGCAGUCCUGCAGAGGAGGCUGUAUGGGAGGCACCACUUGCCAGCAACGUUCCGGCCACCGCAGCCACCUGUGGCAUCGACAUACAUGCCACCACCACCAGGCGUGGCACUGUCCUUUGCACCGAAUUACCCGCCUGAAGUUGUCCCCUCUGUUCCACCCACAGCAGCUGUGCCACCACACUCACCUGCUGUGCCGGCAAGCCCACCUUCAAUGGUAUCGGCUAGUCCACCCCUCACCAUGCCUUCUACCCCACCCACCUCAAUUCCUGCUAGUCCACCUGAGGUUACUGGUGGCAUGGCCCCAUCAGCAACGCCACCUCCAUGCUUGGCUCCACCCACAGCGGCAAUGUCCCCACCACCUUGGUCUGGCGAGGGAGGGAACAGUGGUGGCUUGUGGUGUGUGGCCAAGCCGACUGUGCCAGAAGACAAGCUGCAGGAGGCAAUGGACUAUGCUUGCAGCCAGGAUGGAGUGGAUUGCCAGGAGAUUGCUGCUGGUGGUAGCUGCUUCUAUCCAGACAACAUUGCAUCGCACGCAUCAUAUGCGUUCAAUAGCUAUUGGCAGAAGAUGAAGCAGAUUGGUGGGAGCUGCAAUUUUGGUGGUACUGCUUUGCUGAUCAAUUCUGAUCCAAGCUAUCUACAGUGCCGCUUCAUGCUGAGUUGAAAGGGCUGUGCUAGGAUCUUAUUCUAUGGUCUUUGGCAAGACUGAAGAUAGGGAUGCCACCAAACGCGGACUAAUAGUGGAGCGGCUGCUACAUGCAAACGUUUGGCCCAUCAAUUUUUUGUUGAUCCGUGCCUUUGCAGGGACUAGAAUUCUUAGGAAAGUGCGUAUCUGUAGUUUCUGGAUUAUUUACUUUUUGCGCGGAUCUUCGGUCUUGUCAGCAUCUUGCUGUCAGCCAGGAUGGUUCUGCAACGCAAAAGCUGAACCUUCGUUAAAAGUUAUAACUCAUGAACUUGCCUUGUUCCGAUCCGAUAGUUGGGAACUUGAGUACAACUGUGGUUUUUAUUCCUGAA